CGACAACAAUCACAAGAAUGAUUAUCACAAUGGCCGUGGCAUCCCAGAUCCCAGCGCUUGAGCCCCUCCCCCUUCUCGCCUGUGUCUCAUUUAUAGUCUUAGUACUGCCCAUGUGGUGGUCCUUAUACAAUAUCUACCUCCACCCCUUGCGUAAAUAUCCUGGCCCCAGGUUGGCCGCCAGCUCUUCGCUAUAUUACUACCGCUGGUCGUACGGUGGGAACCUUCACGCGGUGAUCAAGCAGCUGCACGAUCAAUACGGUGAUGUAGUACGCAUAUCACCGAACAUGUUGGUUUACCGAAACCCGCAGGCCUGGAAGGAUAUCUGCGGCCACCGGAAGAAUGGUGCUGCCCCCUUUAUCAAAGACCAGGAGUUCUACUCGGAAUCCCCAGUGGGACACCACCUUGUAUCAACACCAAACGAGGCCGAUCAUUCCAGGAUCAGGCGUCUUUUGUCCCAUGCCUUUUCCGAUAGGGCAUUGAAAGAACAGGAGCCACUUCUACAAUCCUACGUUGACUUGCUCGUUUCGCGGCUGCAUGAAUUUGGGGCUUCCCCUUCACAAAAGCCGAUUGACAUGACAAGCUGGUACAAUUAUACUACAUUCGACAUCAUUGGGGACUUGGCUUUUGGUGAGUCCUUUAACUGCCUCCAAAGCCGCGACUACCACCCAUGGGUGAAGACUGUUUUUCCUACUCUGAAAUCCGCUACUUUCAUCAGGCCUCUUCUGAUAUUCCCAAACCAAAUUGCCGCCAUGCUUAUCCCCCAGUGGCUCAAAGAAAUGAGAGAAGAGGCUUUCAAUCUUGCAAGUGAAAAGGUCCGCCGUCGUUUGAGCCUGGAGACGACUCGGCCGGACUUCAUAACAUAUAUCCUUAGGCACAGCGGCGAACGAGGGAUGAAUCUGAGCGAGAUCCAAGCAAACGCAGGGCUUCUAAUCAUAGCGGGAAGUGAAACCACGGCUACUUUAUUGUCCGGUUGCACGUUCUACCUUUUGACACAUCCGAUAGCGUACAAGAAGUUGGUAACGGAGAUCAGAGAAGCCUUCCAACAGGAGUCAGACAUCACUUUUCUCUCCAUUGCUAAGCUCCGGUAUUUACAUGCCGUUCUCGAGGAGAGUUUGCGAAUGUACCCGCCAGUGUCAGCCAUACUCCCAAGGAAGGUUCCAAUGGAUGGAGCUUUGAUCAAUGGCCAAUUUGUCCCUGGAGGAACCUCCGUAUCGAUGGCUUACUAUUCCGCCUUCAGGGCAAGCUCAAAUUUCACCGACCCUGAUUCCUUCAUUCCGGAACGAUGGUUAGACGACAAGGAUCCUCGAUUUGAGACGGACAAGAAGGAGGUUCUACAACCGUUUUCGUAUGGACCUCGAAAUUGCUUGGGAAAGAACCUUGCGUAUUCAGAACUCCGCUUAAUUGUUGUGAGACUGUUCUGGAACUUCGAUAUGACCCUUGCGGGAGGUGGCGAUAACUGGACCGAUCAGCUUGCUUACACUGUCUGGGAGAAAAAGCCCUUGAUGGUGAAGUUGUCUGCCAUUCACCGCUAAGUACUAUAAUAUGUGCGCUCGAUGAAGGAUGAGUGGAUGAAAUUCUGGCAAUUUUACACUGAUUUAAUGACUCCUUCGAGAUUCUCAAUGUGCCCGGCUUGACAUCUGCAUAAGUUAUCGAAUAUUGUUCUAUGGUCAUCUCUGAUUCUCCGUAUUGAUUUAAAUGCACCGUGUCUACUAUAAUUAGCAAACAAUUGCAACAAGAAAUGAUUAUAUUAUUUGCGCAAUUUCG